AUGACGUCGUCCCGCCAGUCUACGGUGUCUAGACUGCUCUGCCCCGCAAGCAAACUGGAGCCUUGCAUGGAAGAUGAGUGCCAUCGGUGCGAGAUGACGAUGGAGGCGGAGAAAACCAUGUCUCUGUCAAGUCUUGUUGACAUUAUUAUGGGCAUCACUCCCAGAAAGCGUCUCAUCUGGAUGGAUGCAUAUAGAGAUAACCCAACGGCAUUGUUAUUCAGUGAUUGA